GUCUCAGAUUUGUCAUCGAUUCGUCAACGCGUGGGAAAAGAAAUCGGUUUGUCUGUCGCAAUUGUGAAAAUUGAAAUAAACUUUAAAUUAAAUUGUUGGUGAAUUUGCAAAUUGAGUGAUAGUCACACUGUGAGCGGCGCAUUCAGUUUUAGAAACCCUGCGUUGUAAUCUCUCUUGGCGGUUUGAUAAGAAAAACCCAGCUUCAGUUAUUUUCUUUAAGCUCUUGUUAAGCAAACAAAAAAAAACAACACAUCAAAAUGUCAACAGUCGACAAAGAGGAAUUGGUUCAAAAGGCAAAAUUGGCCGAACAAUCUGAAAGAUACGAUGACAUGGCCCAGGCUAUGAAAUCAGUCACAGAAACAGGUGUUGAACUGUCAAAUGAAGAAAGAAAUUUACUCUCCGUUGCAUACAAAAAUGUUGUUGGUGCCCGCCGAUCAUCAUGGAGAGUUAUUUCAUCGAUCGAACAAAAAACUGAAUCCUCCGCCAGAAAACAACAGCUCGCCCGCGAGUACAGAGAGCGCGUGGAGAAGGAACUGAGGGAAAUUUGUUACGAAGUUUUGGGUCUUCUCGACAAACACCUUAUUCCAAAAGCCAGCAAUCCAGAAAGCAAGGUUUUCUACCUGAAAAUGAAGGGAGAUUAUUACAGGUAUUUAGCUGAGGUGGCCACAGGAGACGCACGCAACACCGUUGUAGACGACUCCCAAACCGCCUACCAGGAUGCAUUUGAAAUUAGCAAGGGAAAAAUGCAGCCAACACAUCCAAUCCGGUUGGGUCUCGCACUAAACUUUUCAGUCUUCUAUUAUGAGAUUCUGAAUUCUCCAGACAAAGCUUGCCAACUGGCCAAACAGGCGUUCGAUGACGCGAUAGCCGAACUGGAUACACUCAACGAGGACUCAUACAAAGACUCAACGCUGAUUAUGCAAUUGUUGAGAGACAACUUGACCCUCUGGACGUCGGACACGCAAGGGGAUGGCGAUGAACCACAGGAGGGUGGUGACAACUAACCAAACUAAAUUGUUUCCUUUUGACUAUGCAAAUAUAAUAAUUAAAAAAAUAAAAAACAAAAACAAAACAAAUACAACAACAGCAAGAGAGAAGUACAGAAACAGAAACAAAAACAUAACAAGAACAACAACAACAGAACAGCAAGCAAAAUUUAAAGCAAAACAAAAACAAAAUCUUCAAAUAGUGUGAAACAGAGGCAGAAGCUACAUAGAAAAUACAAACUAAAUUUCAAAAAAACAACAACAGCAACAAGAAACCAAAUUCAUUUCAAAUGCAAGUGCGGUGCAACUGCAGCAAACAACAGCAACAACCACCACAGGCAAUAAAGCAGAAUAGUUACAGUCAGUAAUAGCAGAACACCAUUUGAAUGCAACUUUCGAGAAGAAGCCAAAUCAACUCCCGAGUUAAAUGCAGAGCAAUAUUGUGUUUGACUCGAAUCAUGAAUAAACGAAAAGAAACGCAAAAAUUUCAAAUGUGAUUUCCUCCGCAUUCAAAACACAUAAUCGUGUUGAGUCGACAAGCGACGAAACGCAUAAAAGCAACAAGUUAGCAAUAACAGCGAUUCGCAGAAAGUCGAAAGUCUUGAGCGAAAUUCAUUUGCAUUCGUUGCACAACAUUGCAUACACACAUACAUAUGUAUGUACAUGCGUAAUUACAUAGCUAAAAUGUGUAUUAUAUUAUGUAUGAUAUAUGUGUGCGCAAAAGGAGCACAGUGCGGCGCGGCGAGUUGUGAGAAAACGCCAAUCUGUUUGCUUGCGGCCACCAAAACCACUUGUGGUUUGUAACUUACUUAAUUUCGGCGGCAGCAAAUGCGUUUUUCCUGCUCCGUCACACUGCGCUCGUCGUGAGUAACGCAGGCCGUUUGUUGGUUAUUGCCACGCCCUACAUAAUGCAUGUAGCAAGCGAAGCGCAGCGAGGCAAAUGUUUUGGGAAAAUUUUGGAAUUUUUUAAAAUUUCUUUUUGUUGUUGCAUAUGAUGCGCGCGAAGUAUACAAAAUUCAAAGUGUGUUUUGCCAUUCAACAGUGCAGUUCACCACCACCAACAACAGCAAUAUGUAUAACAUGAAGCAGUUUUUGUCAGAGAAACUGUGAAACAGAGAAGACCGUUUCAACCACAACAACAACAACAACAUCAGCAACAAACAACCAGCCGAGAAGAACAGUACCAAAAAAGCAAGAAGAGCAAAAUUCGCAAAAACUGCAAUAAUUAUGAUCGAUAAGCAUACAUAUAUUUAAAUGAAACUAUAUCAUCAAAGCUACAAAAGCGUAAAUUUUGUUAGGCAGAGCAUUAUAUAUUAUUUAUUAUUUUUUUAAUAAAUAAUUUGAUUUUGUUUUUUUAUAUUAACCAAAAAGUCAUUCUCGUUUCGUUUUCCAAAUUUUGUACGUACCUUAAAAAACAAAAAACAACAACAAAAAGGAAAAGAAAAGGUGCACUUGAGCAUGAAAUGCAUGUGUCAACGCAAAAUGAAAAAAGUAAAUGCGUGUUAAAGCGUUUUCUCACUUUUUUUUUAAUGUAAGACAACUGCAACCCUGUUUGAAUGCACAUUUUCUGCCAAUUUUUUGUUUGAAAUCAUUACAAAACUAAACGGCUGAAAUGAAAAGAGUACCAAUACAAACAAACAAAUAGUGUAGCAAAACUUUUACACAAAAGAAAAAAACAGAAAAACAACAACACACGCGUCAAGCGUGUUUGAAUGUGUACGCGUUUGUGCGGUCAAAGUUGUAUGGCGUAAUCCCGUUAGACGCUUCCUCGAACAAUUUUUACGGCAUGCCAAUUCGUUUUAAUUCCCUUCCAAAAUUGUUUUGUCAAAGAAAAGUAUAAACGAUGAUUUCUAUAAUUUUUAAAUAAAACAACGUUAUUACGUUAUAUA